GAGAGAGAGAGAGAGAGAGAGAGAGAGAGAGGUUAAGGAAAGGAACUAACGAAAUGGGAAAGAGUGAUAGAGAAGUGGUUGAAACAUUAACAGGUUCCGCCCCUGUAACUUUCCCCUCACAGACCAGAAGGCCUCUAACUCUUUACUCAGCUCUCUUCAAGCAUCGUUCCUGUGUCCUGUCCUCGGAGUAAUGGCUCUUAUUUCUACUCUAACUCCGGUGUUCGUGGCCAUCCUUUGCGUCGUCAUGGCCUUCGUGUUUAAAACGUGGCGCAGGUCCGAGUUUUCCUCGUCUCAGAAAUCCUCUAACGGCGGUGGAGAGAAGACACAAACCCGACCGUGGGUGGAUGAGGACCUGCAGGACGACACCGAGAUCAGCGGAAGAGAAAACGAGGAAGAUGAUUGGGCAGAAGCAGGGACAGAAGAUCUUGUCCAUGUACCAUACAAUCCUCGUCGCUACACGAAGGAAGAAAUGCUGGAGCGCUCCAAACACUUCUAUGCCCUUUUGAAUGAACGCCGGUCGGUCCGCUUCAUCAGCUCGGAACCUGUUCCUCGAGAGGUGAUCGAUAACGUGAUACGUGCGGCAGGCACGGCCCCAAGCGGUGCUCACACUGAGCCCUGGACGUUCGUGGUGGUGGGCGAUGCCGAGACCAAACACAAAAUCCGAGAGAUCGUGGAAGAGGAAGAAGAGAUCAACUACAGACAGAGGAUGGGAGAUAAAUGGGUUCACGACCUGCGUCGACUCCGGACUAACUGGGUGAAGGAGUAUCUGGACACAGCGCCGUAUCUGAUCCUUAUCUUUAAGCAGACGUAUGGAAUAAAGCCGGAUGGAAAGAAAAAGACUCACUACUACAAUGAGAUCAGUGUGUCUAUCUCGUGUGGCCUCCUCCUGGCAGCUCUACAGAAUGUAGGUCUGGUGACGGUAACGACCACACCUUUAAACUGUGGUCCUCAGCUCCGGGUCCUCCUUCACCGUCCAGUCAAUGAGAAGCUUCUCAUGCUGCUUCCUGUCGGUUAUCCCGCUCCAGAUGCCACCGUGCCUGAUCUAACACGCAAGGAACUCGAGGACAUCAUGGUGUAUGUGUGACGUUACUAAAAAAUCCACUGUGUUCCCGUUUAGCUUUAUAAUACAGUAUCAGUGUAAUAGACUUCUGGAGAACAUGUUGGAAGUGUUUUGAAAUUACAGCGGACAUUUUCUGAUCAUGUUUAAAUGGACAGUGAAAUGAUUAGAGACUGGAAAGAAAUGUUGAUGAAGUUGAUAAUGUGAUUCGUGUGUGCAGUUUAUGCUUUCAAGGAUGUAAGAUUUUUUUUAAGACAGGUUUUUAAGCCAGUGCUUCCUUGCUUUAAGCCCCCCAUUUUCUAGGCCUGAUUUAAAAAAAAAACACGGAUAGAAAAUGCAGACAUAAUGCUGCUGAAUGUAAAUGAGACACAUCUUUGUUUUUGUCAAACCUCUCCCACUUUCUGAAUAGCACUUAAGGCUGUAGUUAUGUCUAAAUAUUCCCACUACACAAUUUCUGUAUUAAAUCCUCACUACAAACCCUCUUAACUCAUCUACGUCUACAGCGGAUAAAUUAAUAUCUGGUAUAUCUGUGUGCCAUAGUUUGUCAUAGGAGCGGUUUGUAUUUAAGUUUCUUGGUAAAUGACAACCCAAAUAUUGA